GAGGCAUCAUGCUGGUCCCGCACAUGUUGGUCUUCAAUGAAUUUCAUGAUCAAUAUGUCGGCUCGACUUUCAAACGAGAUGCUCAACUUGGCAAGAACAACCUACACUUGCCAACAGACAGACUUGGAAGACAAUCGGGUGAUAGUGGCACGUUACUUUUGCUGUCUCUGAUGGCAAUGAGGUUCAUUGUCGAUUGCGCACACAAUUACCUUCUUGGAGUGCCUGCUGCAAGAGAGGGGAAAACACCAAACAGGAACAGCGGCUUGUUUGGAGACCGAAAGAUCGUGCUUGAGCACGCGAGCUUGAAACCACAAGCUACACCCAUCGAGGCGGGGAACCAACAGAUCGACAAGAUGAACAAAAACAACAGGCGAAUACCAAGCAUGAUACUUCUCAGUAGGGUGUACAGGACGUUGACAACGACAGGACACAGUCAAGAUGUCUGCCGCCCUGGCAAUGCGCCACAUAUUGCCUUGCUUCUGUCAUCGAAAAUGGCACCGUUCAAGGUUCCGAAACUUCUGCCAGUUGAAAUUGGGGCGGGAGGGCUUGAGAACCGCUUUCUGUUUGGUGGAGUAUAUCUGACGUGUCGCACAACGAAUGUUGAUGUCUCGACAAUCAAACACCUAGAUGGAUUCAACAAGGAGGGCGAGCUUUUGUGUCGCAUGUUCGACUUCCAAUUCCAGCCGACCGAAGGAUUCCGAACAACGAACAAGUCUUGGGAACGCGAUCGUCAUGACCUGUCGCUUGAACCUGGCCACCAUAACGGCGAAGAUGAUUGA